AUGAAGAUCGAGAAAUUGAGAGAAGAGAUCACUUCUUUCCAACAAAAGUAUGAUGAGUCCUUUGCAGAAGCUUGGAAGAGAUUCACAGACUUGAUAAGGAAAUGCCCGAGCCAUGGUCUAGCUCCGGGGCAUGACCUUUUGAAAUUCUACAAGGGACUCAACAAUGAAGGCACGGGACUAGUUACUGCAGGCUCUAAUGGAAACCUGGAUGACUUAACGCAUGAGGAGGUGAGAGCCUUAUUCCAAAGGUUGGCUAACAAUCAACGGAACUGGCACAACCCAAGGAGAGCAGCGGAGAAAGGAGGAGACACAUUCGGUGCUACAAAGGAUGCAGAGAGAGUAUCUGCAAUUGAAGCUCAAUUGGCAGAUAUAAGCACCCAGAUGUCGUCGAUGACAAAGGCAGUGAAAUCGCUGCAACUGACUCCUCAACCCCAAGCAGUGGCAGUGAUGAGAUGUGGAUUGUGUCAAGGAGGGCAUCAUACUGAUCAAUGUUCUAGUCUUCAAGGACCACCAAUCGAGGAUGUGAACUACAUUGGCAACAAUGGCCAAGGGUUUAACCAAGGCAACCAAUACAGCAAUCAGCAGAAUUGGAGGCCUCAGCAAUCGAACUGGAAUCAAAGUGGUCCUAGCAACAACUCGGGGAACCAAUGGAGGACAAACACUCAACCCCCGGGUUAUGAGAAGAAGCCAUCGGUAGAAGAUCAAUUGGGACAGAUACUCUCCUUCAUGACCAAGAGUCAAAAGGAGAAUGAGAGCUUCAAAGAAAGGACGGUAGAGAAGUUUGGUCAGAUGGAGGCUACAUUGAGGAAUCUCGAGACUCAAAUUGGGCAGAUUGCUACAGCAUCUCACACAAGAAUUCCUAAUGCUAUCCCGAGUGAUACGGUGCCCAAUCCUAAAGGUUUUGAACAGUGCAAGGCAGUUAAGUUAAGAAGUGGAAAGGAUCUUGAGUCUCCAAUCAUGCUAGAUGCACAAAAUGGCUCGAACAUCUUGCACGCAGGGGCGGACAAGUGUUUGGCUCACAAACCUCGCACGCAGGGGCGGACGAGGGGAUUGAGUGGGCUACUACCGAAGCUAGGGAAUGUCAACAAGAAAAAGAAGAGUCAACCAUGA